AUGGCCUUCCACUACUGCUUACUUGGGGUGCUUAUGCCACUCUCAUUGCUAAUUGCACAAGCAGCUGCAAUAACAGAAGGACCUCAAUCAGCCCACCCUAACUGCCCUUACCACUGUGGUAACCUCACAAUUCCGUAUCCAUUUGGCAUGGGUGAAGCCUGUUACCUCCGACCAGAAUUCAACAUCACUUGUGAUCAAUCCACCCAACCGCCGUCAGCCUACUGGAUGGGCGGUAUGAACAGGAUUACCAACUUUUCUGUGGCUGAUGGCGAGUUGCAAAUAAUGCUAGAUGUAGCCAUGGAUUGUUAUGAUGAUUCGGGUGAGGAAACAGUGGACAUCUUUACUUCGCUAGAGCUGCCUCCUCCUUACUGCAUGUCCCAUACACGAAACAAUUUCACCACAGUAGGCUGUGACACUAUAGGAACCUUUUUAGGUGAGCGCUCAGGGGAUGGAGGCCCAAAGAAAGAAAAGUUCGAAGUCGGCAACAGCGUCACCAUGUGUGAUGAUAUUCUUGGCGACGCACUUCCAGACUCUUGCUCUGGAAUUGGCUGUUCCCAAGCUUCCAUCCCUGGUGGACUGCGAAACAUAUCCACUUUUCUUCAAAGCCUGACUGUCGGCAAUCGAACGGGGAUUGAUAAUCCGUGGUACGCUAAGUACCCUUGCAGCUAUGCCUUCAUUGUGGAACAAGGCAACUUCUCAUUCAACCCCAACACAACUUUUCAAGAACUCAACAACUCAAGGCAGCUUCCAGCCGUUCUGAAUUGGGCAGUUGAGGGUGAGUCAUGUCAUGCAGCUCAACAGAACCACAACUUUCCAUGCAAGGAAAAUGCCAAGUGUGUCGAACGGACGACCAUCGGUGGUCCGCCUGCUUACAUCUGCCAGUGCUCGUCAGGUUAUCGAGGGAACCCGUACCUCCUAGAUAGUUGCCAAGAUAUUGAUGAGUGCAAGGAGUCAAACCCUUGCAGUAUUGGAACGUGCAUAAAUUUACCUGGAGAUUAUUCUUGUAAAUGUCCCGAAGGGUACAAAAACGACGGCAUGAAUCAAAAGAGUUGCAUCAAACACAAUCCCAGCUCAGUUCAAUUAUGUGCAGGUGUCACUAGUGCAAGCCUCUUGGUUUUACUAAUUGGAAUUUCAUGGAUAUAUUGGGGAAUGCAUAGAAGAAGGCUCAUGAAACUCAAAGAAAAAUACUUUAAAGAAAAUGGUGGCUUAUUGUUACAACAACAACUUGCUAGUCAAGGAAGUUCCAUGGAGACAACCAAAAUUUUUGCAGCAGAAGCACUUGAAAAGGCCACAGACAAUUACCAUGAAAGUAGAGUUGUUGGUGAAGGGGGUUAUGGAAUAGUUUACAAAGGAAUAUUUGCAGAUAACAAAGUGGUUGCCAUAAAGAAGUCAAAAGUUGGCGUUCCAGCUCAGAAAGAGCAGUUUGUAAAUGAGGUGAUUGUUCUUUCUCAAAUCAAUCAUAGAAAUGUAGUGAGGCUUCUAGGUUGCUGUUUAGAGACACCGGUGCCUUUACUAGUUUAUGAAUACAUCACCAAUGACACUCUUUUUCAUCACAUUCAUGGUAAAAAGAGCGAAGGGUUAUCACUUUCAUGGGAAUUAAGAUUGAAGAUUGCCGCAGAAACUGCAGGAGCUUUAGCAUACUUACACUCCUCUACUUCUACACCAAUCAUACAUCGAGAUGUGAAAUCAAUGAAUAUACUGUUAGAUGACAAUUACACGGCAAAAGUGUCGGAUUUUGGUGCUUCGCGCUUAGUUCCUAUGGAUCAAACUCAAGAAACAACUCUAGUGCAAGGGACACGCGGAUACUUAGAUCCUGAAUACCUCCAUUCAAACCGACUAACACAAAAGAGUGAUGUCUAUAGUUUUGGAGUUGUCCUGAUGGAGCUACUAACAAGCAAAUUAGCGUUUUCUUUUGCCAUGCCAGAGUCAGAGAGAAACCUGGCAAGCUUCUUUGUUUGUUCAAUGGAGGAAGAUGGCUUGAACCGAAUUUGGGACGAUACCCUAUUCAGUGAAGGAAAUAUUGAGACCCUAAAAAAUGUAGCGAAUCUCGCAAAAAGAUGUGUCAGUUUAAAAGGGGAGGAAAGACCUACCAUGAAAGAGGUAGCCUCAGAGCUAGAGGGGAUGAGAAUAAUGGCAAAGCAUCCAUUGGAAAGUUCUAAUUACGGUCCUGAAGAGACUGUGCACUUGCUAGGGUCACCUUCAAACACGAAUUCUGUGGAUGUUAGAGGCGAUUGUGGUUCUAGUACUACUGGUGCAACUUAUGGGCAUGACAGUAUGCAAAUCCAAAUGUUAAUGUCAUAUAAUGAUGGGAGAUAUGAUGAAUAUCAGACUAACAGUUCCCUCUACUUGCCCGAUUCCUUCACCAUCUCCGAUACAAAAAACAAGUUCUUCGCCGUCAGAUGUGGUACUGCAGCAAGUUUUGAAGGUAGGCGCCGUAGCCCAAAACUAGGCCACGGAGGCCCUGGCAAAGAAAGACAUUUACAUGCAUCUGGCUACUCUUUCGCCUUAUGCAACGACGACACUGCUGAGAACAACAAUGACUCUUGCUAUGGCUUCUUUGUGGAACAAGGCGAGUUCACAUUCUCCCCCAACAUAAGUUUGCAACAACUCAACAAGACUAGCCACCUUCCUUUGGUUCUCAAUUGGGAAAUUGGGGAUCAUGGCCCAUGCAGUUCAGCUAAUAACAGCACGGAUUUUGCAUGCAAGGGAAAUAGCACGUGCGUCAGUUGGCCCAAUAUCAAUGGCUGGUCUACUGGUUACAUUUGCUGGUGCUUGCCAGGUUACCAAGGAAACCCAUACCACCCAGAUGGUUGCCAAGAUAUUGAUGAGUGCAAGUCAGAGGCCUGCGAAAGUGAUGAAAGGUGCGUUAACUUACCUGGGAGUUUCUCUUGUCUUCCAUGUUUCUUCGGCAUGAAACGGACAAGUUGCAAUCACAUGCCAAAGAGUACGACUCCCAUGUAUCUCAUUAUUGUUACUAUUAUAGCUAUAGGUGUCAUGUUGGUUUUACUCGUCGGAUCUGCAUGGUCCCUAUGCUGGGGAAUGAAGCAACGAAAGUACAUCAAGCUCAAAGAAAAGUACUUCGAAGAAAAUGGUGGUUUCUUGUUACAACAUAAGCUUGCUAGUCAUCAUGUGGUUGAGACAACCAGGAUCUGUACUGCAGAAGAGCUGGAAAAAGCCACAAACAAUUAUCACGACAGUAGAGUCCUUGGGAAAGGAUCUUAUGGAAUAGUGUACAAAGGAAUAUUACCAGAUAAGAAAAUGGUUGCCAUAAAAAAGUCCAGAAUUGCUGCCCCAACCCAGACCGAGCAGUUUGUUAAUGAGUUGGUUGUUCUUUCUCAAAUCAACCAUAGAAAUGUGGUGAGGCUAUUAGGUUGUUGUUUAGAGUCAGAAGUGCCUUUACUAGUUUAUGAGUUCAUCACCAACGGCACUCUUUUUGAGCACAUUCAUGGUGAGAGGAGCAGAGGAUCAUCGCUUGUGUGGGAAUUGCGAUUGAAGAUUGCAGCAGAAACUGCAGGAGCACUAGCAUACUUACACUCAUCCACUUUCAUGCAAAUCAUAAACCGAGAUGUUAAAGCUAUGAAUAUAUUAUUAGAUGACAAUUACACGACAAAAGUGUCAGACUUUGGAGCUUCAGUAUUGAUUCCUACCCUCAACCAACUGAACAGCGUAGUAACUUUGGUGCAAGGGACACUUGGAUACUUAGACCCUGAGUAUCUCCACUCAAACCAACUAACAGAGAAGAGUGAUGUUUAUAGCUUCGGAGUUGUCCUUGUAGAGCUAUUGACAAGCAAAGUGGCAAUUUCUUAUGAUAGGCCUGAGGCAGAGAGAAGUCUAGCAAGACUGUUUGUUUGUGCAAUGGAAGAAGAUCGCUUGGAACGUAUUCUUGAUUGUCGCAUAGUCAACAAACCGAAUAUUGAGACAGUAAGAAAUGUGGCCCGUCUUGCAAAAAGAUGUUUAAGGUUAAAAGGGGAGGAAAGGCCGACCAUGAAAGACGUAGCUAUGGAGCUAGAGGGAAUGAGAAUAGUGGCAAACCAUCCAUGGGGAAGUAAUGUUGAUUUGCGUUCAGAAGAUCAGACUUUGCUCUUGUCGUGGCCACCUUCAGACGCUUCUGUUGCUGACGUUAGAGAUGAUUGUGGUUCUACUGCCACAACUUCUGGUACAACUAGCAGGUAUGAUACCAUGCAAAUUGAAAUGUCAUAUGAUGAUUAUAUUAGUUUGUUCUUAUUUGCUAGUUAG